AUGCUGGUGCCGAGAACAGGAUGGACGAAUGCGAUAUUUUCUGAUCUCCAGAUAUCGGGCGACGGCGACUACACGGUAGACGUAUCAUUGGAAAAUAAUGAUGGGAUCGUGGGGUCUAGCCGCUCCUAUAUCAGCGCGUCCUCCCACUUGGCUGUUCCAAAGAUUCUCUUCGGAGACUUACAUGUUCACUCUGAUGAUACAGUUGGCACUGAAGACUCGAUUUACAAUUUCUCAUACGGACGUGAAGUCGCAGGUUUGGAUGUUCUUGGAUACACUGCCAAUGAUUUUCAAAUCACGAAGGAACGCUGGGAUGCCACAGUACAGCUCAUCAAGUCCUUGAACGAGCCUGGAAAAUUUGUCAUCUACCCUGGAACCGAGUGGUGCGGAAACUCGGCCGCUGGAGGUGAUCACAAUGUUGUGUUCCUUGAAAACCCCGACGAAUAUCCGCCUGAAUUUCCCUUUGAUCGGCACGGAAACGUCGCUCGCUCUUUCGAAUGGUCUGAGAAUGGGCCAAAGGACCUCGUGCCAGGGGCCUGGCCACUGGAUGAGCUGUAUGCUACCUAUGCCAAAGACGCAGACAAUCACCUACUCAUUCCGCAUGUGGGAGGGCGUCGCUGUAACCUUGGCUGGCACCACCCGAAACUCGAGCGCUUAAUCGAAAUCGGCAGUGCUUGGGGUCAAUUUGAAUGGCUUCUGCAGGAUGCUGUUGGGCGAGGAUGGAAACUCGGUGUUUCUGCCAACUCCGAUGAGCACCGUGGCCGGUGCGGUGGAGGCGUACCUGGAACUGCGGUAUUCGGAACUCGUGGGGGCCUAACCGGUAUCUUAUCACAUCGACUAGAUCGAGCUACUGUGGCCAGGUCCCUCAGAUCUAGACGCACCUUUGCUACCACGGGUCAGCGUUUAGUUGGCCUCGUAUCUACCAUAACCAAAGAUGGCAUCGCUUUGCAGGGAGACGAGAUUGAAGCCUCGGCGACUGGGGUCCAAGAGAUAAAGUAUCAUUUCCUGGGCGACAGGGGCUUCUCUACCAUCGAAGCCUUCGAUGCAUCUGGUCUGAUAUGGCACCGAUGCUUCUGGUCAGAAGAACAAACCACGCCAUCAAAGAUAUUGAGGGUCACUUGGGGUGGAGCAAGACUGUAUGAUCGGUAUAGGGAGGCAAUUUGGAGCGGCAUGAUUGAAAUUUUGGGGGAAGCCAGCGUGAAGAGUGCUCUUCCCUUCGGAGGACUAGAGGAUAACCCGGAGGAUUUUGUCAAAACCUCAGAGAAUCACGUUGUCAAUUUUUCUAGCAAGACUAGCGGUGAUAUUGAUGGCGUGAAUGUCACUUUUGAGGGAGACAGGACACCAUCAAGGAUCAGAAUAACUGGUUCCCUCGGUGGUUACGUGAAAGUGGGAGAUGCGCUAGCUGGAAAUCCGCACAAGCCUCAGCCAUAUUUUGCAAUCGAUGCAACUUGGGAAGAGGCCUCUGCUUCACCUGGGGGCAAAUUGAUUGAAAUUCGUGGCGGUGCAGGCUUGUUCGUUCGGGUCGAGGCUAUACCAGACAUCGAACUACCUCGCCGAGUGGAAGGGUCUGUAUCCCUUCUAGGUGGGGAUACCAAAGAUCGCUCUGUGUAUUUCGUUGGUAGGGAGUGGAGUGGCGCGAAGGUUGUCACCAGCCCCCUGUUUAUCAACUAUGCAUGA